UGAUUGGAGUAGGACACAUGUUCCUCACGCUCGAGCAAUGGUGCCAGCGGUGCCAGCUGGCAACCAGACACUGCACUGACGUUGCGUGCAGAUAGCCACGAGCUGAAGCAGCGUGGUUAACCGCCACUGCACUCGCCAUGCUCAAAGAUGGGCCCGUGGUCUUCGAGUUCUUGACCGGCGCACGGAGUCUGGCCGCCUUGUGGAUUCUUUGCGCCCACUACAUGCCCAAACAGGAGCACUACUCCUUCAAUGGCGCGCUCUAUCGCGUGAAUGUCGCGGUAAACUUCUUUGUGGUCGCCAGCGGCUUCGUGACGCAUCUGUCGGGCUGCAAGGCGGACGUCAGCACCUGGGGGGGCCUCAUGCAGUUCUAUGUGCGGCGCUUGGGUCGGGUGCUGCUGACCUUUUGGCUGGCGCUGGCGUGGUCUGUGGGCCUCAUGGCCUACCAUAGGCAGCCGCUGGAGUGGGGCUACCUCUUCCGGUGCGCCUGCUUCCUCGAGCAGUGGUUCAACUGGUGCCCCAACGGGCCGUCGUGGUUCGUCUUCGCCCUGCUGCCGUCCUGGCUUCUGUACCCGGCCACCCGCCACCUGGUCGUGUACGUCUACGAGAACCUGCAAGGAUAUGGCCUUGGUAUGCUCCUGGGUGGUCUGUGGAUGCUGUCUGUAGGCCCUGCAGCGUUCUUGUUUGCAGCAGAGGGCAACAUCACGAUGCAGCAGCACGCGGACAUGAUGUUUUGGCCGCCGGCCCAGAUGGCCGACUUCGUGAUGGGCAUGACGGUGGCUGAAAUUGUGCUCCGCGGAGAAAAUCAACGCCUGCCUAGGUUGCCUCUCGCGGCGGACCUGAGCAUGCUGGCAAUUGUGCUCGUCGUCUUCCUGCUGCCGCGGCCGGCCAGCACCUGGGCUCUCCACCUGAACGGCUGGGAGCCGCUGCUGGACCACGGCCUUUCGAUUCUCAUGGCAGUCUUCAUCGCUGGUGCCGUCGACGAGCCCACGUGCUUCGGCCAGCUCCUGGGCCACAAAGCGCUGUCCUCUCUGGGGGUCAUGAGCUUCGAGGUGUACAUCUUCCAAAGGCCGAUGAGCGACACCUUCGACCUGUUCCUGGACAGCACCUCCAUGGAGGUCUUCCUGACGUACCUGCUGGUUCUGUGGUCCUUCGCCGGGCUGUACCAAAAGUACGUGCAGACCCCGUUUCACGAGUGGGUGCGCCGUCGAACGAGCACCUGGACGGAACCAGCGGGCACGUGUGCUGUCGACGCGGAGUCGGCUCCAGAGGGAGCGGCCCUGACGCAGGACGACAGCGAAGUGAAGGAGGAGGUCGAAGCGUCAUAGAGCUGUCCAAGAGCGGUGGCAGCAAAAGACAAC